UCCUAUAACCUCAAAACACCCAACACCUCUCUUCAUUCUUUUACUGCUACAUAUUACAUCUGUCACUCUCUUUCUUGUGCUUCAUUCUUUUCCCCCCCUCUUUUUAUAGGAAACCCAAGUAUUUUCCACAGCAAGAAUCAAGAAUUGAGAGCCAUGAAAGAAAGAGGCAAAGCUGCAAUGGAAACUGACAGCUUCUCAGAUUUCAACUACUCUGUUUCCUCAGAUAUGCCAUGUAAGAAACACCCAUCUUCAUCUUCAAUUGGAAUAUGUUCUUAUUGCCUUAAAGAAAAACUAGUAAACUUAGUUUGCUCAGAAUGUGGUGAACAAAGACUCUCCUCUUGCUCUUGCUCUGAUUCCUCUUCUUCCAAUCAAAAAUCAUCCACUGCUGAAGUUGGCAGUGUUGGGAGGAUUUCAUUUCUGUUAGAAAAUGAGAAAAAACAGAGCAAAAGAUCAGGAGAAAAAACAGAGCAAGUAAUUGUUCUUAGGAGAAGUAGUAGCAGCUGUGUUGAAAUCAAGAAAAACAGCAAUGGGUUCUGGAAAAUCAAGAGGCUUUUUAAGAAAAAGAAGAAAAAGAGUGUUGAGAAUGGUAGUAAUGAUUUAGAUGAAAACAGUGAUAUUUGGGUAUCUGAUGCUAUGGCUGUUUCAAGAUCAAGAUCAGUUUGUAGUUUCAGAGGUGGUGGAUUUAAUGAUACUGAUGAAGGAAGUGAUUAUAGAUUCUCAAGUGCUAAAAUCUCUGAUGUUACUGGUGGGAUACUUAUGGAUUCUGAUGAACCAAGAAAAAGUGGAUUUAGGAGUAUAUUUCCUGUUAAAGAAAGUGAUUUUACUGAUGAUUCAGCUUUCAUCGACUUAAAAUUGGAUUUGUCUUCCGAGUCUAAAUUGGAUGUUCCUGGUGUCAUGAGGCUUAGCAAUGCUUCAGAUAAUAAUGGACGGGUUGGAUUGGAUUUGAACGGGUUGAAAACAGGAGCAUUUGGGCACAGUGGUUCUUGUAGGAGUGGUGGCAAAGGGAACAAAGUGUGGAAAUGGAUUUUCAGGCAAAGUUCUGGUGGGAGGAAGAGUACAAGCAUUAACAGAGAUGAAAAUGACAUUAUCAAAUCUUGAAUUUGUUGAUAUAUAUAUAUAUAUGAUAUGAUAUCCGAUGAAAAUCGUUUACGCUCCUAAUUAUGAACAAUAGAUAUUCUCUCCCUUUUUACGUCUCCCUUAGCUAAUUUAGAGAGUCACUUUGAAAGGUAAAUAUAGAGUUUCCUAUGCUUUGAAUUACUUUACUUUCUUCUUCAUCUCAUAUGUACUCUUUUUCUCAACACAUUAUGGUAGUGGAUUAAAAAAAAAAGAAGCAAAA